UGUGCCGCGCCGAGCCGCCGGCGCCGCCGGGAAGAUGGCCGUGGCGCUGUGGUACUUGUGGCCUCUCCUGUGCAGCCCCUGCCUGCUCAUCCAGAUCCCCGAGGAAUUGAUGGAACCACCUGUCAUCACAGAACAGUCUCCACAGCGCCUGGUUGUCUUCCCCACAGAUGACAUUAGCCUAAAGUGUGAGGCCAGUGGCAAACCCGAAGUACAGUUCCGCUGGACUCGGGAUGGCAUCCACUUCAAACCCAAGGAGGAGCUGGGUGUGACCGUGCACCAAGCACCCCAUUCUGGCUCCUUCACCAUUACCGGCAACAACAGCAACUUUGCCCAGAGGUUCCAGGGCACCUAUCGUUGCUUUGCCAGCAAUAAGCUGGGCACCGCCAUGUCCCAUGAGAUCCAGCUCAUGGCUGAGGGUGCUCCCAAGUGGCCAAAGGAGACAGUAAAACCUGUCGAGGUAGAAGAAGGGGAGUCAGUGAUUCUGCCUUGCCACCCUCCACCCAGUGCAGAGCCACUCCGGAUCUAUUGGAUGAACAGCAAGAUCUUGCACAUCAAACAGGAUGAGCGGGUGACAAUGGGCCAGAAUGGCAACCUCUACUUUGCGAAUGUGCUCACCUCGGACAACCACUCAGACUACAUAUGCCAUGCCCACUUCCCUGGCACUCGGACAAUCAUUCAAAAGGAACCCAUUGACCUCCGGGUCAAAACCACCAACAGCAUGAUCGACAGGAAGCCACGCUUGCUCUUCCCUACCAACGCCAGCAGCCACGUGGUGGCCUUGCAGUGGCAGCCAUUGAGCCUGGAGUGCAUCGCUGAGGGCUUCCCCACGCCCACCAUCAAGUGGCUGCGCCCAAGUGGCCCCAUGCCAGCCGACCGAGUCACCUACCAGAACCACAACAAGACUCUGCAUCUGCGGAACGUGAGUGAGGAGGACGAUGGCGAGUACCGUUGCCUGGCUGAGAACUCACUGGGCAGUGACCGGCACACCUACUACGUCACUGUGGAAGCUGCCCCUUACUGGCUACACAAGCCCCAGAGCCGUUUGUAUGGACCAGGGGAGACUGCUCGCUUGGACUGCCAAGUGCAAGGCAGGCCUGAACCAGAGGUCACCUGGAGAGUCAACGGGAUCCCUGUGGAGGAGCUGACCAAGGACCAGAAGUACCGGAUCCAGCACGGAACCCUGAUCCUGAGCAACGUGCAGCCCAGUGACACAAUGGUGACCCAAUGCGAGGCCCGCAACCGGCAUGGGCUCUUGCUGGCUAAUGCCUACAUCUAUGUUGUCCAGCUGCCAGCCAAAAUCCUGACCCCAGACAAUGAGACCUAUUUGGCAGUCGAGGGCAGCACUGCCUACCUUCUGUGUAAAGCUUUUGGAGCCCCUGUGCCCAGUGUCCAGUGGCUGGACAAGGAAGGGAAGACCGUGCUUCAGGACGAGCGCUUCUUCCCCUACGCCAACGGGACCCUGGGCAUUCGAGACCUCCAGGCCAACGACACAGGACACUAUUUCUGCCAGGCUGCCAAUGACCAAAACAAUGUCACCAUUGUGGCGAACCUGCAAGUCAAAGAUGCCACUCAGAUCACACAGGGGCCCCAGAACACAAUCAAGAAGAAAGGCUCCAGAGUGACAUUCACCUGCCAGGCCUCCUUUGACCCCUCCUUGCAGCACAACAUCGCCUGGCGCAGAGAUGGUCGCAACCUCCAGGAGCUUGGGGACAGUGACAAGUACUUCAUAGAGAAUGGGCACUUGGUCAUCUACAGCCUGGACUACAGUGACCAGGGCAACUACAGCUGUGUGGCCAGCACAAAGCUGGAUGUUGUGGAAAGCAAGGCAGAGCUCCAGGUGGUGGGGAGCCCUGGGCCCGUGCCUCAGCUGGAGCUGUCCGAUCGUCACCUGCUGAAGCAGAGCCAGGUGCGCCUGUCUUGGAGCCCCGCUGAUGACCACAACGCCCCCAUUGAGAAGUAUGACAUUGAAUUUGAAGACAAGGAGAUGGCUCCUGAGAAAUGGUACAGUCUGGGCAAGGUGCCUGGGAACCAGACCUCUACCACCCUCAAGCUGUCACCUUAUGUCCACUACACCUUUAGAGUUACUGCCAUCAACAAAUAUGGCCCUGGGGAGCCUAGCCCCGCUUCUGAGACUGUGGUCACACCUGAAGCAGCCCCAGAGAAGAACCCCGUGGAAGUGAAAGGGGAAGGGAACGAGACCAACAAUAUGGUCAUCACUUGGAAGCCACUCAGGUGGAUGGACUGGAAUGCCCCGCAGGUUCAGUACCGUGUGCAGUGGCGCCCUCAGGGGACACAAGGGGCCUGGCAGGAACAGAUCGUGAUCGACCCCUUCUUGGUGGUGUCCAACACCUCCACCUUUGUGCCCUAUGAGAUCAAGGUCCAAGCCAUCAACAGCCAGGGCAAGGGCCCCGAGCCCCAGGUCACCAUUGGCUACUCUGGGGAAGACUAUCCCCAGGCAAGACCUAAGCUGGAAGACAUCAAAAUCCUCAACUCGAGCACUGUGCUAGUCAAGUGGUGGCCUGUGGAUCCAGCCCAGGUCAACGGCCACCUCCGCGGAUACAAUGUGACGUACUGGUGGGAGGGCAGUCAAAGGAAGCAUAGCAAAAGGCACGUCCACAAAAGCCACGUGGUGGUGCCUGCCAACACCACCAGCACCAUCUUGGGAGGCCUGCGGCCCUAUAGCUCCUAUCAUCUGGAGGUGCAGGCUUUUAACAGCCGGGGACUGGGGCCUGCCAGUGAAACGACCUUCAGCACCCCAGAGGGAGUGCCCGGCCACCCUGAGGCAUUGCACCUGGAGUGCCAGUCCGACACCAGCCUGCUGCUGCACUGGCAACCUCCGCUCAGCCACAAUGGCGUGCUCACUGGCUUUGUGCUCUCCUACCACCCAUUGGACGACGGGGGCAAGGAGCAGUUGUCUUUCAACCUCUCAGACCCUGAGCUACGGACGUACAACCUGACCAACCUUAGCCCCCACCUGCAGUACCGCUUCCGGCUGCAGGCCACCACGAAAGAAGGCCCUGGCGAGGCCAUUGUACGGAAAGGAGGCACCAUGGCCUUAUCUGGGACCCCGGAUUUUGGCAACAUCUCGGCCAUGGCCGGCGAGAAUUACAGCGUGGUCUCCUGGGUCCCCAAAGAGGGCCAGUGCAACUUCGGUUUCCAGAUCUGGUUCAAACCCCGGGGGGAUGAGAAGGUGGACACUUACAUCCCGCCACAGUAUGUCAGCUACAACCAGAGGUCCUACACGCAGUGGGACUUGCAGCCUGAUACUGACUACGAGAUCCACCUGCUCAAGGAGAUGGUGCUCCUGCACCAAAUGGCUGUGAAAACCAAUGGCACUGGCCGUGUGAGGCUCCCGUCCCCUGGCUUUGCCACUGAGGGCUGGUUCAUCGGCUUCGUCAGCGCCAUCAUUCUCUUGCUCCUCAUCUUGCUCAUCCUCUGCUUUAUCAAGCGCAGCAAGGGUGGCAAGUACUCAGUAAAGGACAAGGAGGACACCCAGGCGGACUCCGAGGCCCGGCCGAUGAAGGAUGAGACCUUUGGCGAGUACAGCGACAACGAAGAGAAGGCCUUUGGCAGCAGCCAGCCAUCUCUCAAUGGAGACAUCAAGCCUCUGGGCAGUGACGACAGCCUGGCUGACUAUGGGGGCAGUGUGGACGUCCAGUUCAACGAGGAUGGCUCUUUCAUUGGCCAGUACAGCGGCAAGAAGGAGAAGGAGGCAGCAGGAGGCAACGACAGCUCAGGGGCAGCCUCCCCCAUCAACCCUGCAGGGACCCUGGAGUAGUGGGGUUCAGCCAGGCAAGGCAGGCAGGGUGCAACCCAGCCCUGGGCCACAGGGGAGUCCAAGGCC